AUGACUGAUAGCAACUCGUUCUUGCAGCGGUAUGUUGAUCUGGUCAAUACAAAUGAAUCUCCUGUAUCGCCAUUAGGGCUAAAAUCCUCUUCCAAAACCAACUUACUCUCCCCAUCCCCAGUUAAGUCAAAACUAUCAUCCCCAGUAUCUUUAAGUAUGGCCGACAAAGAGAACCAGGGUUACAAGAAAUCAUUUGAUCUGCCCCAGACACCAACCAAGAGUCAGUCUGUCUCUAAAGCAUUUACUGCAGAUGAGUUAAGGUACUACGAGUUCCUUUGCAGAGUUCAUGAAGUCAAAGUCUGGAUCGAAUCUGUUAUCUCAGAAGAAUUACCUUCCGUUACAGAGCUUGCAACAGGUGAUGUUAUGAGAGAUGGUGUUUUUUUGGCAAAGGUUACCAACAAGAUCAACCCGGCACUUGCUCCAUCCGUGUUCCCAGCAGGUGAUAAACUACAAUUCAAGCAUACUCAGAACAUUAACGCAUUCUUCAGUUUGGUUGAGCAUGUUGGUGUUCCAGAUUCUUUUAGGUUUGAGCUACAAGAUCUGUAUAACAAAAAGGACUUGCCUCAUGUAUUCGAAACACUACACAUCAUGAUUAGCAUAAUUAACAAGAAAUGGCCAGGAACCACGCCAGAUAUUAAGAAUGUAUCUGGAACGAUGGUUUGUACAAAAGAAGAUAUUCAAGUCUGUAGAAGAGCAUGGCCAAGAAUAAAGGACUUUGGAUCACUAGCUAACACUAGCGCUGUACCUAGUCCUAAAAAAGUUGACAUUCCAAAAUCCGAAGGACUAAUUCAGGAUUUUAGUUCUUCUAUCACAAAGGAUAAAAAAGUCAACACUAUGGAACAACAACCUAAAACACCUAUUAAACCGAAGGCUGAGGGUAGACCUACUUAUAUUUCUUCAUUUAAAACACCUGUAUCUAAGGUUUUAGACACAUCAAAGACAGAUGAAUAUAUGAGCUUAAAAGAUGGUCCCUCGGCUGCAAAUAUAUUUGCGAAAACCCCAAGUUUAUCAUACUCUCCUUCGAAAAUGACUAGUUUCUCCUAUUAUUCUCCAUCAAUUUCCAAAUACCUUACAUUUGACACAGAUUUCUAUAUGCGUAGAAGUCAGUAUCGCGAUAGUGAAUUGAGUCAUUAUUCUACUUAUAAAUACUCUCCAUCUAGGUAUUCACCUACCAGGAAAACAAGAAUGAAUGAAGAAGAAUUCCUCGAUUGCGUUAUGAAAAUUCAAGCUAUGACUAAAGGUGUUAAUAUAAGAUACCAGAUCUACUUACAGAACCAGCUUUUGUCUCUAUUUAAAGAAGAUGUGGUUGGGCUACAGUCUCUAAUAAGGGCUAAUUCAUUGAGAAAGAUGAAAGGAACAAAAUCGCAUAAAUGGAGGUCAAUUGAGAAGUCAGUUGAUUUUGUAUCUCUAACCUCACUUAUUAGAGGAAAUAGAAUUAGGGAUAAACUUGAUAAAAAGCGGAUUGCAGUGAACAGAAAGGAGUCUAGUAUUAUUCUGUUUCAAAGCAUAUGCCAUGGCAUACUUGCUAGGCGAAAUGCGACAGUCCUCUCCAGUUACGUGAAAAACAAUACAACAAUAGUCACAAUAAUGCAGGGCUUACUGAGAGGUAAAUUGGCUAGAAACGUGGUCUCACAUACAUCAAAAGAUCUGCACGCUAACAUCCCCUGCUUAACUGAUAUACAAGCCACAGUCAGGAGCAUAUUAGUGAGGCAAUGUAUUGAUAAUAGAAGAAAAGCAUUCUUUGCUCCAUCAAUUUCCUCAAGUUUGGAAGCCUUCCAAACUGUUGGGAGGUCUUUAUUGCAGAGAAGGGAAAUUCAAAGAAUAAAUAUUGAGUUAUCUGAGUCUCAUAAAUUAAUCGCUUUAUUAAAAGGACACUCCGUCAGAAGAAGGAUUGGCCGGUGCCAGACUGAUCUCUCUUCUGAACUUGAACCAGCAAUAGGUUUUCAAGCCUUAGUUCGUGGUAUUCUGGUUAGGUAUACUUUGGACUUGGUUGAUGAUAUAGUUGAAUAUCAUCAAAUAGAAGUACUUCAAUCUUUAAUUAGAGGUGCCCUUCAAAGAGGUGCUAUUAAGGAGAAUACUCAUCACUACCGAAAAAACAUUUCUCAUAUAAUACAGAUCCAGAGCCAUAUUCGUAUGUUCCAAAUGAAGACUGCGUACCAAGAACUAAUGACAUACCCAAACCCAUCGCUGUGGUCAGUUAAAAAAUUUGUUCACCUUCUGAAUAACAGGAAAUCGAUUGAAUCCAUACAAGAUGAAGUGGAGACUUACCAAGCUUCACUGGAUUCCGAGAAUAUGAAGAAGACCAAAGUAUUGAGAGAAAUAAAGCACCAACUGGAUUUGUUAGACGUUUUAGAAAGACAAAAUUUAGCUAAAGGAAUCAAUCAUGGUACAUUCUCAAAAAUCAAGUCUAAAGUUCCUAACUCUAAUUAUCCUGGGUUUGAGGGUUUGUUCUACUUGUUACAGGUUGAUCCGUCUUACUGGAAGCUAAUGGCAGCUAAAGAGAAAGAAUUCUCGAUGAGAAAUAUCUAUUCUACCUUUACUACAACGAAUAAAAAGAUGGAAGAGAGAGAGCGGCGAUUAUUUAUGAAGCUUGUAUCUGAACUACUCCAACAAGAUAUACAAGAAUGCACAUCAGUAGGAGAAUUUAUGGCGUUCUCUUCACCUUCCUGGAAAUUAUUACUUGAUGAAUUCAUAGAGAAAGAGUACUCGGAAGCAUUCGAACUUUUUGUACCUGUUUUGUCUUUUCUUGGGAAUCGUGAAACAGAUUUUACAAGCGACCCUUACGUAUUAUAUGAAAAGUUUUACUCAGAAGCUCCCAGUAGUCAGCCAAUUGAAAAUCAAAGGGUAAAAAAUGAGUUUAUUAAGAAUUUGAGGAAUAUUUGGCAUGCCAUUGAGAUGAUUGCAGAAAUAUUUUCUCGUAAAACCAAUGAAAUACCAGUUGAAUUAAGAUAUAUUUGUACCAAGACACUGUGUUAUUUCGCUGAUAAAAAUAUUUGUGAGGAGGAAGCUUUAAAAGCAAUCUCAAUGGUAUUAAUUGAAAGCUUUAUUGAACAUUUCAUGGUUAAUUUCCAAAAAUUCGGCUUUGAUCAAUACAAUGAUGAAAACAUCAAUGAUAAAAUUAAGGUCGUAAUUGAGUCGCUGAGAAUAGUCUUCCUCCAAACCUCUUUCGAUGGAUAUCACAAGCCAUUGAAUCAAUAUAGUGGAGAAAUAAGACCUCAUAUCAAGAAUCUCCUAUAUAAUCUACUGGUUGAUUUAGAAUAUGAGCAAGUUGGGUAUGCUGAGAUCUAUAAUGACAUGGUUUCAACAAGCCCUGUCCUAGAGCUUUUAUCUUCAAAAGUAAUUGAAGUUGCACAAAUGUUUAGUGAUUAUUCUGAGGAUUUUACUGAUUUGGAUCCAAUUCAGGAUGUCUUGAAAACUAUGGACUUUAAACUAAUGAGCAAUAAUUCUGGUAGAGUUACAUUAGAGCUUGACUCAUCUUCGUACAGAUUUUUAACUGGGGAUGAUGGCAUUAGGAAAGUGUACGAUCAAGUCAAGAGAGCAUUUGUCAUCAUGAUUCAAGUGGAAGAUGUUGAGACAAAUCUGUAUGACCUUUCUGUUAGUAGUGUUUUACCUCAGGAUGAACCUGUUUUUCAAGAGUUGCUAAGAAAUAAUAUAGGAUUGGAGAAGGAUUCGUUUGUCUCAAAACUUACCCCGAGAACAUACUUCACGUUGAAGAAUGAAACCUUGAGAAAUAUUCAAGAGUUGACAACAGCAAAAGUUAUCUGUAUGAAGGACAAUAAGCUCCAAAAUUUCUUGAAUGAUAUCGCUAAUACAAUAAAAAAUCCUGAUUAUGCGCUACAUUUCGUGGAAAAAGAAGUUGAAAUGACAAAUAGAACUCUGGUUGAAAUACAAAAUGUAAAUCAUAAGUUGGAAAGUGAACUAAGGAAUAUGAGGAGCUUUGUAUCGUCUACUAUUUCUGAUAUUCAAAAAACCUCAGAUUUUACACCUCACCAUAAAGGUGCAUUGGGCAAUCUAAAAAGUGCUUACAAAAAAGUUCAAAAUAAGGAUAGCAAACUGGACGGUCUAAAGUAUAAAUGGAAUGCUAGACAACUAUAUGAGAAAGGCAUUUUGAAGAGGAUCCAGGGAGAAAACCUCGGGAAACAUUCAGUUAAAGUAUUUGGUUCUAGUGGGCCUAAAUUUCCCGACAUUAAUUUUAGAAUUUCAACCACAAAUGGUUCUCGAUUUGGGAUUCAAAUGACUGAUAAACGUAAAGGUCCCGAACACAAACAUAUGGAUAUCACUGACUUCUUUGAGUUCAGAGAUUUGUUAGAAAAACAGGCAAAAAAUCCAAAGGGUACGAUAACACUAUUGAAUAGAAAAGUAGACCUGAAUGUUGCUGAAUUAUUAAAGCUAGUAACCACGGCUUUCUAUUAUAGACAGUCGAUAUAA